AUGCUUGCGGAAAGUGCGUCCGAGGAUGCCAAGAGGGUCUUUACUCCCUGCGAAGAUGGGACGAGCUACGGCCUCCUGUACGACGGCACCCGGUUCCGCGUCCCGGACACCAUGUCCGUGGUGGACGCACUCUUGACACCCAAGUCGUGGCGGAGUCCGGCGACGCUCAUCUGGGUCGCGGUGUGCUUUGCUGUUGGGCUGACCGGGAUUUUCCACUUCACCCACGGGCUCCCUGUGUGGUUCUUCUGCGCUCAGUUUGCCUUCUGGCGACUCGCGUACAACAUUGGCAUCGGGGCCAUCCUACACUACCACUCGCGGUACGGCUCUUUCCUUAAGUUUUACCGUCGCAUCGUCAAAGACUACCCGGUGACGCGAUGCUUUCUGGAGGCAUCCGUUGUUUUCGAGGGUAACACCGAGUACAAGGUGACCAGGUUUCCGGACGAGUUCAACGCUUGGAUGCUGUUCCGCCAAGUGGAGAACGUCAUCCUCGCUAACGACCUUGUCUCAUACUGUGUGCUUUCUGUUGUCUGCUGGGAAAAGAUGAGCCUCAGCUCGCCCGUGGACAUUUUCUGCUUGGUGCUUGGCUGCGCCUCCAUCGCGUUUGCGCUCUGGUGCAAGUCGGAUGCGCACCGCGUCAUUGGCGACUUCGCCUGGUACUGGGGGGACUUUUUCUUCCUCCUCGACAAAAACCUCACCUUCGACGGCAUCUUUCAAAUGUUCCCGCACCCGAUGUACACGGUCGGCUACGCCUUCAUGUACGGCGUGCCGUUCAUGACAAAGUCCUACACGCUCUUCUACAUGAGCGUUGUUGGGCAUCUGUGCCAGCUAGCGUUCCUGGUGUUUGUGGAAAACCCGCAUAUCGACCGCACCUAUAACGUGCUGUCGUCACCGACUCUGGAGGAGCAGGAGCGGAAUGCGGUGCUGUACGGGAACGGUGGCGAGGCCUACUUGGAGCACAACGAGCUCGUGGUGCUCAUGAACUUCAACAUCUUUCGCGCCAGUGACCUGCUUCUAGCUUUGACGAUCAUCUAUCUACUGGCGACGCUUCUGCUGCCCCUCCCGGCGUGGAUCUACGUGGCUCACGUGAUUGCCUGGCGACUCUUCCACAACGGCUUCCUCGGCUACCUCCUCAAGCGCGAGUCGCAUGAGAAGUGGUUCUCCCUCAACUACCCUUCGCCGCAGGCGGCCUUCAACAACUGGAAGCGCAUCUACAACGCGAGCGUCACAAUUACCAACCUGUCCUACUGCCUCUGCGCUGUCAAGUACUUUACCUGGGUGAUGCCGCUUUUCGGCAGCGGCGAGGCGCGCUGCUUCGUGAUGAUGGUUGGCAUGCUGCUUGUCGGUAUCAACGGGUACGUGAGUUGGAGCAUCUACAAGGCCAUUGGCGACUACGGCUACUUCUACGGUGACUUCUUCAUCGAUAAGGUACCGGCGAAGCUGAACUACAGUGGCAUCUACCGCUACCUAAACAACCCUGACUCGUCGCUCGGAAUGUCCGCCUACUACGGCAUUGCGCUGUUGUCCGGAAGCCCUGUGGUGCUGGUGGUGUCUGUGGUGUCCCACGCAGCUGCGAAGAUGUUUGAGGCAAUCGUUGAGGAGCCUCACAUGCGCAAGCACUACGGCGACCAAGUUCGCGAGGCUGGCGGGAUGCAGACGGAGCUUGCUCGCCGCAUGAAGGCGUCAAAGGCGGACUACGAAAAGAAGAUGCGCGCCAUCAAAGCAAAGCUGGACGGUCGCAAGAAAGAGUGA